AUGGCGAUUCGCACCGGCACCAUGAACUUCUUCCUCAAAUUCACUCUCUAUCUCUACACCUAUCUCUCUCUUGUAUCCGCCUUCUCUCCCCCCGAUCACUACUUAAUCAAUUGCGGGUCCGCUGACCCUGUUGCCACCGAUCCCUACCGUCGAAUCUUCAAAGGCGAUUCCGUGUCCGAUCACCUGGUCUCAGAGCCUUUAAUCGACCCUUACACUACGCGUUUCCUAUUAAAGACCCUGGAACCCACCAUUUGCGAAAAUCUGCCUGUAAUUAAAGAAUUUAUAGUCCCGGUUGAUUCUGAGAAGCUCAAAAUUACUUUUGUGCCGUUGGAUAAUUCGAAAUUCGCUGUUGUGAAUGCGAUAGAAGUGAUUUCUGCUCCAAGAGAUUUGGUUACUGACCUCGCACUGUAUGUAGAUUCUGAGAAAAAUGAGCAGAUUAGUGGAUUGUUGAAAAAUGGUCUUGAAACCGUGCAUAGAGUCAAUGUAGGAGGCUUUAAGGUGACGCCGUUUAAUGAUUCCUUAUGGAGGACUUGGGUUACAGAUGACAAGUACUUGAAAUCGAGCGAUGUGCCAGAAAAAAUUCUAUUUGGGGGUCGGAUCAAUUACCAAUUGGGCGGGGCAAGUCGAGAAGUAGGCCCAGAUAAUGUUUACAAUACUGCUCGAGUGAUAAGGAGCUCAAAUGAGACAAUUCCCAACACAAAUAUUACGUGGGUGUUUGAAGUAGAGAAGGGUUACAGGUAUAUGAUUCGGAUGCAUUUCUGUGAUAUAGCUAGUGUUGCAACCGGCAUGCUUUACUUAAAUGUGUAUGUGAAUGACAAUUUAGCAUAUGAGAAUCUGGACUUGUCAUACAUCACAAAUAGACUGUUGGCUUCGCCAUUUUAUGCUGAUUUUGUGGUUGAUGAGGAGAAUUCCGGGAUUUUGACUGUAAGCGUGGGGCCAUCAAAUGCGAGCCUCCCUCAUGCUGUAGAUGCCAUUUUAAAUGGGAUUGAAGUAUUGAAGAUAAACAAUUCGAUGGGUAGUUUUGAUGGAGAGGUUUGCACAGAGUUUGUAUUGAGGAGUUGGAGAAGGGGAAAUGCUGGUGUUUUAGUUCCUUUGGUAGCUGUUAUAUUCUUGUUGCUAAUUGCAUCUGUGUUCUUGCAAAGGAGAAGGAAUUGGUUUGGAGAUUCUGUGGCAUGGUCGAGGUUACGUGUGGAUGUUUCAGAAGUUAAUUUGAAGUAUGGCAAUCAGUUCUCAUCUGGUAAGGCUUGA